AGCUGAAACAGGUGUACAAACAGCCCUGCACUCAUCUCCACAAGCUACUAGGCAAGAGAGCCUCCAAGAUCCUCUGAAGAUGAAGGGCUUCUUCUUCCUCCUACUCACCACCAGCAUUCUGCUCAUGAUUCAGGUGCAAGCAGCGUCCACAAACCACACCACCAGGAGAACCCCCACGAAGAGUGGCACCCCUGCGCUCAGCGGCCUGGGCAGUGGCAGUGCCCUCCUCCUCCUGACCAGCACCCUCAUCCACCUCUUCCACUUCAGCUGAGAUGACAUGCCUCAGCCCAUGCCCCUGAAACAGCCACCAUGACUAGCAAGGUCUCCUUUUCCUCUAAUCCUUGGGGAGCAUUGAUGCCAGAGAUCACCAGGUUUCGGGAAUCGACAGGGCAGUGUCUUGGGGGCAAUGGUUAAAACAGGGAAGUCCUGGUGUGGAGGGGCAAGUGCCUUACAACUGCGGAUCAAUACAGUUAUCUCUGUAC